CAUGCAUUGAUGAUAUAAAGAGGGCGAGGAGAUUUGAAAAUUGAUCAGUUUGUUUGGGUGAAGAAGAUAAAGAAAAUGAGGAGAACUGCGUCUCAACCCCUGCUGAGGCAUUUUGUGGAAGAUGAUGAAUUUGACGAACAUCUCAAACCCUUGAGAGAUGUUGAUCCCUUAACCAAACAACUCUCCUGCAUCUCCCUCCCGAAACGCGAUUCCAGGAAAUCUUGUGAAGAGUUGUGGUGCGAAAAAUACGGAGCGUGGAGGCAAGAGCAGAGGAGCGGAGCAGCGAAGCUGAAGAAACAGCUCAAGGCAAGAUGGGCCAUCCAGAAGCUCAUCGACGAGCAGUUGGGCCGGUACAAGGCCCAUUACGGGCGCGCCACGGGCCCCACCAAGAUGUCCGACGUGGCCGAGCUCCUCAUGCCCAAGUGGGCCCCGCCCCACGAGGCCGCCGCCGUGUUCUGGCUCGGGGACUGGCGGCCCUCCACCGCCCUCGAGCUCCUCCGCUCCAUCGCCCGCUCCCUCGACGUGUGGGACCCGGUCGGCGUCGAGCGGGCCCUGUCCCACCUCAUCAGCGACGUCCGCAACGAGGAGGCCGUCAUCGACGAGGAGAUGAUCGAGGUCCAGUCCAACUGCGUCCUCCACCUCCCUUUCGGCCCGCCCCAGGACAACGCCAACUGGCCCGCCCUGCCCCAACUCCGCUCCGAGUUCAGGAAGCUCCACCGGGUCAUAGUCAAGGCCCAAAAUCUCAGGAUCAAGGCACUCGAGAUGCUAGUGAAGAAGCUGCUAAGCCAAAGUGAUGCAGCGGAAUUCCUAGUUGCAUAUAUGGGAAUUCAAGAUGUGAUUAAUGAGAUUACCACCAAAUUCAAGUCGCGCAAUGCAGUGCUUCUACCAUUAAAGAAUUCCUAG